CAAUAGUGCAGAGGGUGGACCAUAUGCCCUAUGAAGCUUCUAGGACCUAAGAGUUUUUAAGUAGUGCCUUUAUAGCUGCCAAAAUGUCCGAAUAUGUACUUGAGUCACUCGAAAAGACGCUGGAAACACAUAUUCCUGAUGCGGAACUGAGAGAAAUUAAACGCAUUUUAUACGGAAAAGAACUGAAGAAAUUGACACUACCUCAGACAGCACUGGAUGCCACAUUGGAAAAGGAUUUUGUUCUGCAGGGUUAUGUCUUUGAGGCAGCACCAGAGCAGCUCAGGGCACCUAGAAUUGUGCGGGUGGGACUCAUUCAGAACAAGAUCAUUCUUCCAACUGAUGCUCCUGUACUUGACCAAAUUACAGCUCUACACAAGAGAGUGGGUGAGAUAGUGGAGGUAGCUGCUAUUUGUGGUGUUAAUAUUGUCUGCUUCCAGGAAGCCUGGACAAUGCCUUUUGCCUUCUGCACCAGAGAGAGGGAGCCAUGGACAGAGUUUGCAGAGUCUGCUGAAGAUGGUUUUACCACUCACUUCUGCCAAGAGUUGGCAAAAAAAUACAACAUGGUGAUAGUGUCACCCAUUCUGGAAAGGGAUGAGAUCCAUGGUGGAACAUUGUGGAACACGGCAGUCGUUGUUUCAAAUACAGGGACUGUCCUUGGGAAAACCCGGAAAAAUCAUAUUCCACGUGUGGGAGACUUCAACGAGUCUACAUACUAUAUGGAGGGCAACACUGACCACAGAGUCUUUCAGACACAGUUUGGAAAGAUAGCUGUGAAUAUCUGUUAUGGCCGCCACCACCCACUUAACUGGUUAAUGUACGGCAUGCAUGGAGCUGAGAUUAUCUUCAACCCCUCAGCUACAAUAGGAGCUCUCAGUGAACCCCUGUGGUCAAUUGAAGCAAGAAAUGCCGCCAUUGCUAAUCACUGCUUUACUUGUGCCAUCAACAGAGUGGGCAUGGAAUAUUUCAAGAAUGAAUUCACAUCUGGAGAUGGGAAAAAAGCCCACCAUGAUUUUGGUCACUUUUAUGGCUCCAGCUAUGUUGCUGCCCCUGAUGGGAGUCGGUCACCAGGUCUAUCCAGGACCCAAGAUGGGUUACUGAUAGCAGAACUGGACUUGAACCUAAACCGACAAAUUGCAGACAAGUGGAAUUUUAAGAUGACAGGAAGACAUGACUUGUAUGCUAAGGAGCUUACAAAGGUUGUCCAGCAUGACUUCAAGCCUAAUAUUGUCAAGGAGUAGAUGCUUCUACUUUCUUCCAUUGAAAACAAAGCUUAACCUUUUUUUUUCCGUCUAAAUCCUAUGGAGGAUAUUUUCAUUUAAGCCAGAAUAAUACAUUUUAUACAUUUUCACUUGUUAUGCCAUUGUCGGCUGCUGAAGAACUAUAAAAAUAUUAAAUAUCUAUUUGGAUACACAGUC